UUCGCGGGCGGUAGUUCUGCCGGGUCAGUGCGUUCUUUAUUUGCCUCGAGCCAAUCAAUCCACAGUCAACUGGGCCGCGACUUCAGAGACGGUUGAUUAGACAUCCGGGAUGACGAGUUCGUGGUUUCCCCCAAAAGAAGGAUUUAUUGUGUCGUAAUUUUUCAGCUGUCCAGGAUACAGUUAGGGUAGUUGUUUUAAGAUAUGAUAUAUUUUGGAUGUGCUGUUGGUGUCCUCCAGUCUUGAGCUGGCAAGGGUGGAAGAAUAGUAUCAACGGUGCGUUUAUGGUAAUCGGACUAGAGUUAGUUGUUCUCAAUCCUCAAAGUGAGUAAGCUGGUGGAAAUAUGAAUUCCGUUACGGAAAACGAAGAACUUAAGACACUACAGUUCAAACCGAGUCAUAAUAGGAGAAGUUUUUGUGGAGUUCAAUGUCUCAAGAACACACUUCGGAAAAGGAUUAACAUCCUGAACUGGAUUACUUCCUACAGCCGCGAGGAUGUGAUAUCGGAUAUUAUCGCGGGCGUCACACUUGGAUUCACCAUCAUUCCGCAGGGCAUUGCCUAUGCGGCGCUCGCUGGGUUGUCCUCGCAAUAUGGCCUUUAUGCGGCGUAUAUGGGAUCCCUGGUGUACGUCAUAUUCGGCACAGUCAAGGAAGUAUCAAUUGGACCAACCAGCCUGAUGGCCCUGCUUAUCAUUCAGUACACCGUGGAUAAACCGGUGCAGUACGUCAUGAUACUCGCAUUCAUAGCCGGCAUAGUGGAAUUGUUGAUGGGCGUGCUCAACCUGGGAUUCCUGGUCAGCUUCAUUCCGAUUCCGGUAACCUCAGCUUUCACAUCUGCUACCGCGAUGAUCAUCGUGGGCACCCAGAUAAAAGACCUCUUAGGAAUACCCACCAAGGCGAAGGGAUUUUUCAACAUACUGUACAGUAUGGCCGCUAAAAUCACCGAAAUAAAUCCAGGGGAUGCAAUUUUGGGUGGCCUAGCAGUGGUCUUCCUCCUGGGUUUCCGACAGCUCACGCGAAUUCCAAUCGAUGACAAAACUCCUCGAGGCAGAGCACUGAAAAAGUUCAUUUGGUACCUUAGCCUUGCACGAAACGCAAUGAUCGUAUUCAUCACUUCGGCGGUGGCGUUUAAAUGGAGUGCAUCGGGAGAUGAAGUACCAUUCAAAUUGUCCGGACACGUCAAGCCAGGUAUACCCGGAUUCGAGCUACCAAUCUACAACGUUCAAUCCGGGAACGAGACCAUCUCUUAUUUUGAAGUUGUCAAGGAACUCGGGAGCAGUUUAUUGGUGGUGCCUAUGGUGGCUGUGUUAGCCAACGUAUCUAUCGCGAAAGCCUUCUCAACUGGUAAGAUAGUGGACGCGUCCCAGGAGAUGAUCGCUCUCGGACUGUGCAACCUGCUCGGGUCCUGCUUCAGCGCGAUGCCAACAUGCGGCGCAUUCACUCGAUCAGCCGUUAGUCAUUCCAGUGGCGUUCGAACCCCGCUUGCCGGAAUCUACUCAGCCAUCAUGACGCUACUGGCGCUGAGUUUACUAACUCCGUACUUCUACUUUAUUCCGAAGACUACUCUGGCAGCGGUGUUGAUAUGUUCUGUCGUAUUCAUGGUUGACUUGAGUAUCGUGAAAGUCCUCUACAAAUCAUCCAGAUCUGAUUUCCUCUCAUGGGUCGGGUGCUUCGGCGUGAGCUUGUUUGCCGGCGUUGAAGUGGGCUUAGUGUUCGGAGUUUUGAUUAGCAUCGCCGGUCUGCUGAAAGUUUGGGCACGACCAGAACUCCAACAGGAAUCGAUCGAAAAGCAAGGACUAAGAUACGUGAAACUUAGUCCGGAGACGGGAAUUUUCUUCCCCUCCGUGGACUUCCUCCGGACCAAAGUAAUCAAAGUCGCCAAUGAGCAGCAGGUGCCGAUCGUUGUGGACUGCUCGUCGGUUAUUGGACUGGAUCACACCUCGACGAAGGGCAUGAAGGACUUGGCCAACGAGCUGGAAAAGGUGAAGCAGAAGCUGAUUCUACUCAAUUUGAAGCCAUCCUUGAAGAAGGUCUUGCAGGAGAGUGAUGCAAAGUUGUUCACAUUUUGGGAGGACGAGAAAGAUGUGCAGCUUGGGAAUAACAAUGUUGCUAUGAACAUGGCUUAACGUGGUGGUUCUCUAUUUUUUAUAUUUAUUGUACUACUGACCUGUGAAUCUUAGUUUUAAUCAUGUGUUCAAAACAAAUACACGAAAUGUAAAGUUAACCUUCUCACAA